AUGCAAUGGAUCCCUCCUCUCAAUAACCAGUUGAAGCUGAAUGUGAAUGGAGCGGUGUCAAAAUCCAGUGGAGUAGCUGCCUACAGAGGAUUAAUUCGUGACAGCCUUGGCAAGUUCAUCAUUGGCUUCUACUUUAGGCUCAACUCUUGCUCGCCCCUUUCUGUGAAACUUUGGGACCUUUGUAUGGGCCUCCAUCUGGUGAUGCUGAAAAAUAUUCAGUCUAUCUUGAUUGAAAGCGACUCCAAGUUUGCCAUCAACCUUAUUUUGCAUAUCCAGUCCUCAUCCCAUCCUCUUUUCACUUUGAUCUGUAAUAUUAGAGAAUCUCUUAGGAAGGUUCAAUUUGUUAGGUUUUCUCAUAUAUGUAGAGAGGUGAACCAUUGUGUUGAUUCCCUUGUGAAGAUGAGUCUUGACCUCCUAUCCCCUUCUUGCUGGUUGGAUAUCCCUCCCUCCUCUCUGGUUUUUCUUUAA